AUGGAGGACAGCAUGCGUACAUGCAAGCCAACACUGCUCUUCAUGGCUUUCGUCUGUGCCAUCGCAUUCGUGGCUAUGCCUGCUAGAUCAGCCAGUGUCUAUGAAGGCACCGAACAAAUUUUUGAGAAUGAUGAGAUGAUGGAGAUCCCUUACAGGCUGAUGAAAAAGUGGACGGAUUUCAAAAAGCGUUCAAUCCCAAGGCGAACUCUUAUACCUCAUUUUGAGUAA